AUGCCUUUGCCCAUGUUUCUGCGAUCACUUCUUGUUGCAACAAUUUCCUCAAAGAAGUGGCUACUCGUUCCUUCUCUUCACCUCCUCGACUUCUUCGCCAAGCCGCACCGGGCGUGGGUGUUCAACCUUGAGAAGAACCCAAUUCUUAAAGCUAUCAUCAAGAAGUCUUUCUACGACCAGUUCUGCGCCGGCACAACACCAGCCGAAACAAGAACAUGCGUGAAGGCAUUGAAGGAUCUGGGGUUUCGAGGUGUUAUUCUUACCUACGCACAAGAGAUGGUAUUUGACCACAAAAGCGGAAACGGGUACAGUCCGGGGGCCGCAGCAGAGGAAGCUAAGGAAGAGGAAAGUGGUGUAAAGAUUGACAACGUCAUUGAGUCGUGGAGAGCCGGCACUGUUGGUACUAUUGACCUGAUCGACGAGGGUGACAUUUUGGCUAUCAAGACAUCUGGUGCUGGACUUGCAGUUGUCAAUUCAUUCAACAAAGGAGACUUGCCCCCACAACAGAUGAUGGAUGCACUUGAAGAGAUUGGUACCAAGUGCAAAGAGCGCAACAUCCAGAUCAUUAUCGAUGCGGAAUCUCAACACUACCAGAAAGGCAUUGCCCGGACCGCCCUCGAAAUGAUGCGCAAGUUCAACACCGAUGGUCGCGUGGUCGUAUACAACACAUAUCAGGCAUACCUCAAGAGCACCCCAGCACUCAUCGCUUCCCACCUCGCCGAGGCCGAGAAAGAUGGCUUCACCCUUGGCCUUAAGGUCGUCCGCGGUGCAUACAUAGCCACUGACGAUCGCGCUCUAAUCCAUGACACGAAGCAAGACACAGACGACUGCUACAAUGGCAUCGCUCGGGGUGCUCUACGCCAGCAGCUCGGUGAAUACGGUGUCUCUCGUCCCUUCCCUUCAGUCAAGCUCUUCCUUGCAUCGCACAACCGCGAGUCAGUCAUCUCAGCACAGAGACUUCAUGAGCAGAGAUUAGCGGCCGGUCUGCCCACCGUCGAUGUCGGUUUUGGUCAACUUCAUGGCAUGUCUGAUGAAGUCAGCUUCUCGCUCCUGGCCGAGAAGAGUAACAGCGGCCAGCCACCUGCUGUUUUCAAGUGCUCAACGUGGGGAAGCAUGGGCAACCUUGGGCAACCAAUUCUAAGCAGUCUUCUUAACGAAUCUGGCAGCGACAAGAACGCAACGUUCAACAAGUACAUUGCUUGCGUGAGAAGCGAGGUUUCUGCGAAGAAGCUGGCCGACAAGUAUCCGGAAGCUGCAAAAUCAGGGAAGCUCUCCGUUUCGAGAGGAGACAACGUCAAAGCCGCGAAAGACUCAGAUGUUAUCCUGCUUGGUGUCGAUCCGUCAGAUGUUGAAUCCACUCUGAAAGAAGAAGGUCUCUCAGAUGCAUUGAGUGGAAAGCUACUCAUCAGUCUGGCUGCUGGGUGGACAAGAGAGGCCAUCGAGAAGCUCAUUUCAGCAAGCCAGAACAAGAUCUGGGUCAUUCGCACGCUCCCCAACAUCGCUGCGCAAGUCUCCGAGUCUCUCACAGCAAUUGAGGACCCAGACAAGGAUAUUCCGAAGGAGUUUAUUGUGAUCACAGAUCACCUCUUCAACCAGGUCGGCAAAGUCGCGCACAUUGACCCAAAAUUGAUGAAUGCAUCGACAGCUGUAGGAGGUUCAACGCCGGCCAUGUUUGCUGUCAUCUGCGAUGCAUUGAUUGAUGCGUCAGUUGCUGUUGGUAUGCCCAGGGCGACUGCACAGACCAUGAUCUACCAAAGUAUGAAGGGCACUGCUGCGAUGUUGCAAAGUGGGAUUCACCCCGGGGUGCUGAAAGAUCAAGGGACAUCGCCAGAAGGAUGCACAAUUGGCGGGCUGAUGGUGAUGGAGGAGGCUGGAGUUCGUGGCCACCUUGGAAAGGCAUUGAGAGAAGCUGUAACCAUUGCGCGUUUGAUGGGUCAGAACCCUCACGUCAAUGACACCAGGCAAGGGCAAUAG